CUGCAGGAGUAUGGCCCCCUCUCCUCUCCUGCCUCCUCCGCAGUGCACUUGCAGCUGAGCAGCUCUCCGGACAGGACAGUCUCCUCUUCCUCCUCCUCCUCAUUCUUGUUCUUCUCAUCCGUGUGUGUUGGCGAGAUAGUGCGUUUAGCACCAGCAUCUGACUCCAGUCCACACGUCCCGGACUGAUGCGCGAUGGUGCGGACUCAUUGAUAAAAAUCCGCGCUGCCGGGAUUAAAAUGAGCACUCCCGCCGAGCCGCUCUCCUCCUCCACAUAGCGCUGCUUUCUCUGCACAACACUUGUUUUAUGUGAUUCCAGCAGGCGACGCAGGAUGUCUACUACUUUACCGCUGGUGAUUUUGUGCGCUUUGGUGGCGUUAGUGUCCACAUCUAAGACGGAGCGGGCCGUGCCCUGUGACUCCGGCCAGUACACCAAAAGUGGAGAAUGCUGCAACGAGUGCCCACCUGGAGAGGGAGUGGUGAGGAAAUGUGGCGCUGCUCAGACAGUCUGUGCCCAGUGUCUGGACAGUGAGACCUUCUCAGAGAACUACAGUCACACAGAGCAGUGCAAAGCAUGCACUCAGUGUACCGGCCUGAUGCGGUUGGAGACGCCAUGCACCGACUCAAAUGACGCCAUCUGUGUCUGCAACUACAACUACUUUUUCAAUGUGAUAACUGGCCAUUGCGAGCCAUGUACCGUGUGCCCAGCAGGACAGGGUGUGCUUGCUCACUGUGGAAACGAUCACGACACGUUGUGUGAGGAGUGUCUAGAUGAUACCUUCUCUGACCGGGAGAGCUCCCUUGAACCCUGCUUGCCCUGCACCAUAUGUGACGAAGAAACUGAGAUACAGCUGGCUGAGUGCACACCAACCAGCGACUCUGUCUGUCGUGAUCCUAACCUCCCAACAGAUAUCACUCCCACCUCCGAUAUGGGUCUGUCACCACCCACUUUCACCAACUAUCUACCCCCUGAUGGCUCUGACAGCCCAUUGCCAGGUGGAGAGACGACAACAUCUAGUGCCGGCUCCCCUCACUUCCUUGGCCACGGCCUCAAUGAAAACCUCAUCCCCAUCUACUGUUCCAUCCUGGCUGCUGUGGUGGUGGGCCUGGUGGCUUAUAUUGUUUUUAAGAGGUGGAACAGCUGUAAGCAGAAUAAGCAGGCAGUUAAUAACCGUGCGGCUACAAACAAUCAGAUGGUGACGCCAGAAGGAGAGAAGCUGCACAGUGACAGCGGCAUCUCGGUGGACACUCAGAGCCUGCAGGUGCAGCAGCAGCAGCAGCAGGACCAGGCCCAGGCUGAAGUCCAGGCUCAGCCCUUACACUCACACACACAGGAACAGAUCGUGGUGAGGGUGGAUGGCGGCCCAGAGCCUGACUCGCCUCCACCUGAAGUCUGAGAAGGUGGAGGAGGAAGAGGAGGCAUCAGAGCUGAAGAAAGGGAAGACCUAAACUGUGGACCAAAAAGAAAGUGGGUGGGGGGCACACAGAGAAUGUAAAACUGUCUGUGAUUCAUAUCCGAAGUGCUACAGAGCAAAGACUUACUGUACAUGGACCUCCCAGCACCUUUGGGCCACAGUCUAACUCCUCAUCCCUGCAUACAGAGUCCAACUCUACCUAGCAGUGUGCCUGGACACAACCUCUACGGCAAUAUCAAACACUAUGUGUACCGGUGUCACUGCAGAUACAUAAUCGUAGAUUUGCCAGUGCUUCUCCUAUUCACUGAUUAUUUCAGUAUCUAAUAUAGACGUAUGACAUAAUUCUCACCAAAUGCCAGCUUAUCUCUGCCAGGUUCCCUCUGUUUACAUGAUCACUAGUUGACCUAAACGGUAACUAGGCAGAAACAUACUCCAUUAUCUCUGGGGCAGCAUUUUUCCUCUCACAUCUUCCUCUGUGGUGUCCCACUCUCACAUAAUCCACUAUCUCUCUCCACAGGAUUCACUCUAUUAGACCCCCGCCGUCAUCUGCGAUACAAAAAGCGGUGGGGGAGCUGUGAGUCACUCCAGCUUCUUCUGAAGUCCCUUUUUCUUUUAUCAUGUAACCACAGACGUGUUUCAUGGCAUACUGUUUUAUAAAAUGCUUGCGUCAUUGUUUGAGAUUGACUGCACCAACUGCUGCAAGUGACUCAUACAGUAUUUGCAAAGAAAGGUCAGUACAGUGUAGCCCACUCGAUAAUCAACCAUUUUUCCUUGGCGAGAUGUUUCUUUCUGCACUCAGCAGUCUCUAUCACCUUGGUGACACAAACCACUUCAUCCCAUCCCAGGGAUUAUGUUUCAGUAAUGUCAUGCUUCUUAUGUAACACACCCAAAUGUUUAUCUCCUGUUUGUGGUGCAUUACUUUAGUUCUGUGGCUUGAGUUACACGGCUUCGGCAGGGUGCCUCCAUGCUCCUCUGUGGAUGUGCAACAAGAGAGAGACAUCUCCGGUCAGUGGACCUCUGCUGACUCACUGCGAUGACUUGACAUAUCUGAGAUGAAGUGAAGGUGACUGAUGAGCAAAAAAAAGCUGUGAAGUCAUCAGUGACCCAGUAUGCAGAGCUGCUCAUUAAACUGAUGCUUUAAUGAAAAUACGGGCAACAAGGAAUCCCACCUAGUUUACUGAUCCCAAGUGGAAAUUUGGGACACACCUCAGAGGCACUCUCUCUUUACUAUCUCCACCACCUCUAAUUGAACAUUUUCGCUCAUGCAGUCUUGCAUACAGCUCUUACAGAACCUGAUAAACAGUGUUGAGGCACUAAGGCAUCGUCACUGGUGCUCACAUCAACAUGGGGCCCAUUAGAGAGAUGUCCUGACAGGCAGGUAGUAAUUACCUCAGGGUUUUAACUUCAUUUACCCUCUGCUCCUCUCAGCUCAGCCACCUCUCUUCGAGAUUAAUGUGGCGGACAGCACAGGGGCAACGCAGUCCUCUUUGAAGCCUCACCAUGACAUUACAAAUCCCUUAUCCAAGUCCGAGGCCAGUGACAUUUACUGUAUCGCCAAAUAUGGUGAUAUAAAACCCCUUAGUCCAGGCUCACUUCUAAGGCUGAGUGGCACCUUUUAUCACACAGGUUAUGUUUCCCCCACUCACUGCAGUCAACACAGACACCUUGUAAAAGAAGUAAAGUAUACUGUAGCUGAGUUUGACUGCUUUAGUGUUUAUCCCUAUAGGAGCGCAUACUGUAUGUUCUCAGGGUUCCUCUGGAGGUGGUGUGACUAAAAAUUGUCUAGUGAUCCAUAAAGGAGCUCUGUAUGAUAGAGUAGGUAGGUAGACAGUUUGAGAUAUAAAGCAGCUGUUUAAAAAAAAAAAAAAAUUUAUAGGAAGAUACAGGUUGAUAUUAAUAUUACCAACAUGAUUAAAAAACGAGGGAUUUAAAAAUUUAGUUUGAUAGCAUGGGAAACAGGCUUAUUUGCUUUUUUUGGUAAACAACCCAGUCUCACAGCAAAAUGUGUGACAGCUAAAUGUACUAGUCUCCAAUAUGUGAUAUGGCAGCAUUUUCUGGCAGGAAAACGAAAAGACAAUGGUUGACAUUCCUUAUACAUGGUUAGGUUUAGGCACAGAAACUACAUAGUUAAGGUUAGAGAAAGAUCCUGGGUUUGGUUAAGGUACAUAUCUGUACAGUACCACCCACAGCGGGUUACCCUAUCUUAGCAUAGCAUAAAGAAACAGCUAGCCUGGCUAUAACCAAAUCUGACUACAGUACCAGCAUCUCGAAAAUCCUCCACUUCAAAUGUUAUAUCUUGUGAGUUUCAUACAAAAAUGAAAUGAAAUAAAGUGUGAAACAUGACACGUAGUGAUUUCCACAUAUGCCAGAAUGACCCCUGGACUAAUGCUAUCAAAACACUGAUCAGCAUAAAAGGAAAUAGUUGUGCAAACUAUUACUUUAAAGGAGAAAUAAGAUGGGUUUAUUUGUGAGCAGAACUUGUAGAGUUAGGUGAAUAAUAGAUACGUAGAUAAGACAAAGGAAGACAGAGAAAGUGAGUCAUCAUAUCUUCACUUUGACUGUGGAUGUGUUGGUCACAUGGUCACCAACAUCUCAAGACAAUUAAACUCUCUGCUCUUUUGCUUUGUGAUUCAUUGUGUAUCACUACAGAGUUAUGACUGGAAACUCUACUGUAUUUUGCUUCUCAGUUGGUGUGGCCAUGUGACCACACACACAGAGCGACAGUGUAUGAUUCACAGUUCUACUGAAAGAGCUGGUAUGAUUCAUCCAGAUCACAGCGGUGGCAGUGACAUUAAAGCAGACUCUGCUACAGUAUGAGUGACCUGAGUGUUGAUUAAAAAAAAAACUCAUUGGCUCUAUCUCCACCUGAGCCUCAAUCAGCCCUCCAGCAGUGCACCCAUCUACCCUGAACCAACUUAUUCUAUUUCUCCAGUAUCUUGUGAAGUGAGACACACAGUGUAAGAAUGUACAACCUGGAUAUAAAACCAAAAAUAUGCAAGGCACAUUCAACAAUAAGGUUAAAAUUUCCCCCAUUUUUUUUGUCUAACUAUCCCACUGGUUUAUAUUAUGAAUUAGUAAUACAUUUUUGGAAUAAGUAUUUUUUCUAACUGAUAUGUUAUUUUGUAGCACUUAUUAGAUGUAAUAUGAAUGCACUCAAAGAGUGUACCGCAGUUCAAGUGCCUGUGUACAGUGUCGGGUCGUUAAUUUUAGAGUUUCAACUGUAGUUUUUGCAUUUCUUCCACUUAUUUUACAUUUUAACAUGCAUUACUUUGAUAUUUUGAGAGCUAAUUGAGGUUUUUAGUAAUUAGAGGUUAAAGCUAUAGAUGAACCUUGGAGAUGCAAACAUACUGUAUAAACCUGGCAAAGAGAGAAUUACAACAUAAACAUGUUGCCUGUGAGUCAUACUGUGAGUAAACAUGCUACUGUAUAAUUACAGGCAACCGAAAUAAGGUCAUGUAGCAUUUAUGGAAGCAUAUACUGUACAUGUCACCUAAGACUGCUCUAAACCACAUGUAUACUAUUAAUCAAUAGAAAUCAGUUCUACUGUGCAGGUGUUUUGCAUGCAUAAUGAGCCUCACCAUGUACCUCCAGUUCAGAGGUGACAUGAGUAAUAACAUGAACUCUAUGGGGAGGUUCACUGUGAUUCUCUGUGGUUACUUCAAACUCCAUGCGGCUAGAUCAGGACCUGCUCCCGAAAAAGCUGAAUGUCACCUGUACAUACCUACUAAUCUAAAAGGCAUUGUGUAAAUGUGAAUUUCCUAGGAGUUGAUACAAGAUACAAAAAUAAACUAAAAAUGUACAAAAACGUGCAAAGUAA